UGCCAUAGGGGCGGUGGGAAGACAAGGGUGGGCUGAAGGGUCCAUCUAGACCAGCUUUGCCGUCUGGGAUCCAGCUCACUUCCUACCUACGGUGACCUUGUCCUACCCCCUGCGAGCCUCACCUACAAACCUAGCUCAGCCUCACUAUGGUGGACGCUUUUGUGGGUACCUGGAAGCUAGUGGACAGCAAGAAUUUUGAUGACUACUUGAAAUCACUGGGUGUGGGCUUUGCCACCAGACAGGUGGCUAGCAUGACCAAACCUACUACCAUCAUUGAGAAGAAUGGGGAUACUAUCAUCAUAAAAACACACAGCACCUUCAAGAACACAGAAGUCAGCUUUAAACUUGGGGAAGAGUUUGAUGAGACAACAGCAGAUGACAGGAAAGUCAAGUCUAUUGUGACGUUCGAUGGAGGAAAACUUGUCCAUGUACAGAAGUGGGAUGGACAAGAGACAUCACUUGUGCGGGAGCUAAAGGAUGGGAAACUCAUCCUGACUCUCACCCAUGGCAGUGCAGUAUCCGUUCGCACCUACGAGAAAGAGGAGUGACGCAGCUGCACCAUCAGUGACUGCUCCUCUGUCAACCAGCUACCCCUCCACUCAGCACCUCGCUGCCUCAUUUUUCCCUCUGGCAUUUUGUAUAAAUCCAUUUUGGUUGGGGAAAGGUGGAAUCAAGUGGCACCAGCCUGGAUCCAGUCCCAGGUCCUAUUGUAUAUGUGGUUUGUUUUCUUAAACGGCAUCUAAAAGGUUUUUGGAGGUAAUAAAGCAGAGCAAAGGCCACCCAGGUGCCUUUUUGCCUUUGGUGACAUGAA